AUGGAAGAAACACAAAAAGGAACGCGCAUAGGGCCGCUGCCUGGGGGUCGCCGGGGCGCGUCUGGAGCUGGCGCUGGACGCGGCAGCAUGCGGGCCGCCAGCCGAGCGCGAGGAGCUGCACGAUCACCUAGCAGCCCCUCGCAUCCAUCAUCCCCACCAGAAGGCUUGGUGUCGGCUGGGUCUUCUCGGACCCAGCAAGCGGCACCCGCCGCUGGUGGAGCACGUCGCAUGCGUUGGACAAAAUCCAUGAACGAAAACGCAUUGCGGGCGUACUAUAGGGCGAAAGGGAAAGAAACUGUGGGAAUAGCGUAUAGGUCUCGGAUGCAUUGCUUUUUUGCUGAGCUGGAGCCGUCUAUCCCCGUCACGGAACAAAACCUGGCAGACCGAGUUCGGUACAUCAUGCGCUCGAAAAUAUUUGAUGAUGCCGAACUCGAACGACUACGACGUGAGGCUAUUCCGUCGUCGAAUGAAUCGGCUAUGGCUGGAGAUGCAGCUCCACAUUCGACAGACCAGCAUCCACACGUGGAAGCCGCCAUGGAUCUUCCAGUUGUGGUUGAUCCGAACGACGAUGAAAUAGUCUCCCACGAACUAGAGCAAAUGAGGAGUAUAUUGGAAGAGGCGAUUUUGGAAACGCGCAGCACCCCUCUCGAAAAUCGACCGCGACUUCCCCCGCAUACCCUUAAGCAAGCGAAAUCGGGCUGUCGUGAGGGCUCUUAA